AUGGUCGACCAGCAGCCCUUCAAUGUCCUCGUCUUCAGCAAAACUUCUGGCUACCGCCACAGCUCCAUACCUGCCGGUAUAUCGUCUAUCCACUCCCUCUCAGCACAGACUAAGCUCUUCACCGUCCACGCCAGCGAAGAUGCCUCUAUCUUCACACCGCCGACACUUGCCCGCUACUCUGUAAUCCUGCUGCUACAGUGCAUUGGCAACAUCUUUGAAGAAGAGCAGUUCCAAGCGCUGAAAAGCUUCGUGAGAAAUGGAGCAGGCGUUGUAGCGAUACACGGCGCUGCGGCGGGGAUGCCUGAUGAUGAUUGGUAUGGGCAAUUAAUCGGCGCACACUUUGAUAUGCAUCCCGAUGCCGAACCCGGCACUAUCCUCGUCGAAUCCUCCGCUCGGAAUCACUACAUUGUCGCUGGUUGUGGUGAGCGACAAGGCUGGAUGGACGAAUGGUACAAUUUCCGCACACAUCCACGGGACAAUUCGAACUUGCAGAUCUUGCUCAAGGGCGAUAUGAAGAGCUUCAAUGGCGGGAAGAUGGGCGAUGAUCAUCCGCUUGUGUGGUGUCAGGAGUUUGAUGGUGGAAGGAGUUUCUUUACUGCGUUGGGGCAUUUUGAUGAGGCGUAUAGAGAUGAAUGGUUCUUAAAACAGAUCUUGGGGGGCAUUUUGUGGGCAGCCAGACGGGAGAAGGAUAUGGAUGGGGCUACUACGAGUGGUUGA